AUGCCCAGUACAUGGGCCCGGAAGAGCCCGCUGGAUUUCCUGCAAGUAAAGCAGCUGAAGAGGAAGAGGAAGAGCAACUAUAGCGUGAGAGAAACACAGACUCUCAUCAAGGAGAUCCACAAGAGAACGGACGUGUUGUUCUCCAGACAGCAGAACACAGCCAUUAAUGAGCUGAAGAGACAGGCAUGGGAAGAAGUGGCACGAGGUGUUAAUGCACUGGGUGAGGGAGAGCUACGCACGGCUGCUGAGGUGAAGCGUCGUUACCUGGACUGGCGUGCACUGAUAAAGAGAAAACAGCUUCGGGCUGAGCUCUCUCCGUCCGCCUCCUCAUCCUCAACUGUACCCAUGAAGACGGAGUAUGAUCAGUCCUCCCCGGAGCAUGAUGAAGCUUCUCUGGGAUCCGGAUGUGACCAGCUACUUGACCUCUCUGGCCUCUCGAAGGAUUGCCACUGCGACUGGCCGGAGCUGGCGACUCUGGGUGAGCCGAGUGGGCAGGCCAUGAUGGCUCCACUGGGUGUGAAGAUGGAAGACGAUGUCAGUGAAUACAGAUUGGAUGGUGAUGGUGAUAUUGGAGAGGGAGAACUAGAUGAAGAUGAUAUUCCCUCCCUCCUCAGCGACAUUGAGUCACGUGGUGAGGGGCAUGUUGGUGAUGUUUACUCCCACAAUGACUUGGACAUGCUCAACUCCUCCAAGGCCCCGACCUCCACCACCAACAGAGACCUGCCCCUUGCCAGUGGCCCCAUGGGAAUGCCUGCCCACGCUCUGGGGGGUCUGACCAAUCAUGAAAACGUGGGCACAGGGUUUCUGGUUGCUGUUGAGAGGCAGCGAUUGGAGCUGGAAAAACAGCGCCUGGCUGUAGAAACUGAACGUCUGGCGGUGGAGAAAGAGCGUCUGGUGGUGGAGAAGGAACGACUUCGUCAGAUGGAGGUAGAGAGGGAGCGACUGCAGCUGGAGAGAGAGAGGUUACAGGUGGAGAGAGAGCGGCUGAGGCUUCUGCUCCUCAGCCAGUCAGAGCACGUUGACUCCUCCUUUAACCAGCCACCGCAACAAGGCCCGCCCUCGUCCUCCACGUCUUCUUUAUCCUCCACACAGGAUGGGCAGAGGGAGAGAGAAAAAGAGAGCCGGGGUUGGAUGCCAGUGGUGAAUCUGGAGACAGAAAGGCUAAAACUAGAGAAAGAGAGACUGCAGCUGGAGAAAGAGAGGCUGCAGUUCUUUAAAUUUGAGGCCGGCAGACUGCAGAUUGAGAGAGAACGCCUUCAUGUGGAGAAAGAGAGAAUGCAGCUGCACAAAGAUCAUUAGGGCUGCUGAGAAAGACUGAUAAAAGAGAGAGAAAAAGAGAUGAAUGCAUUAGAUUUCCACCAGCUUCAGGGGUGCUUUUAAUAUUGAAAACAACCCAGAAUGUGAAGAUUUGCAUCAGCAGCUGCUCCCUUAUCAAGCUUCCCACACACAUAUCCUUAAGGAGGAUGUGAGGCCAUUAAAAUGAUCAUUCCUGACUGGAAUUUCGCCAAGGAGAAGACAGAGAUGAAGGGCUGGCAUAUUUAUGACCACCACAAUAAAGCAGUGCCUUACGAUGUCUUCAUAAAAUGGGUGACAGGAUAGAAAAGAU